UUUAAUAAUUUAGAGCAGUAGCAGUUAGGUUAGUUAUCUUUUACAACAAUUAGGUUAGUGCAACAAAAAUGAAUCGAAAAGUGAUUAGCUUAUUUUUACAAACCAGACAGUAUUCACAAAAAUCAAAAGAAAUAGUAGUCAAACAUUUAACUUUGGAACAAAAUGGAAUUACUACAAUAGGAUUUAACCGACCUCAUCGUAAAAAUGCUUUGGGAGGCGAAUUUGUUGCUGAUUUCCAUAAGGCUUUGGAUCAAAUAGCAGCGGAUAAUGUUACUAGGGUUGUUGUUUUACAUAGUUUGGUUCCCAAAGUCUUUUGUGCAGGUGCUGACUUAAAAGAAAGGAUAGAAAUGAGUUCAAAUGAAGUUUAUCAAUUUGGUCUGAAGUUAAGAAGCAUGGCAUAUAAAAUAAUCAAUUUGCCAGUACCAGUUAUAACGGCCAUCGAUGGAGCUGCAAUGGGUGGUGGUCUUGAAAUUGCAUUAUCUUCAGACAUCAGAGUAGCCACAAGUACAGCGAAGAUGGGUCUUGUAGAAACAAGUUUAGCCAUUAUGCCCGGUGCAGCAGGAACUCAAACCCUUCCAAGACUGAUAAACCCUUCAUUGGCAAAAGAACUUAUAUUUACAGCAGCAAUUUUCGAUGGCACAGAAGCUAAAGAAUAUGGUAUUGUCAACCAUGUGGUGGAGCAAAACGAAAAUAACGAUGCUGCUUUCCGAAAAGCAUUGAGCAUAGCCGAAAAAAUAUUGCCUAAUGGUCCGGUUGGAGUUAAAAUGGCUAAAAAGGCAAUUAACAAAGGAUUGGAGGUUGAUUUAGCUACAGGUUUGGCUAUUGAAGAAGCAUGUUACUGCCAAUUACUACCUACGAAGGACAGGAUAGAAGCAUUGGUAGCUUUCAAGGAAAAGAGAAGACCUAACUAUAUAGGAUGUUAAAUGAAUAUUUUACUAACUGCUAUAUUUUAUCACGAAUUUACAUUUUGAAUAAAUUUAUUUUUAUAUUUUUAAA